AUGCUGUCCAGUCUUGAUAGUCUACCCAACGAUUUUGAUCAAUUUUGGUACCACCAAGUCCAACCGCAUUUGGCGCUCGGCCGGCUAAUGACUACUGUUCGGGAGGCCAACGCCUUCAUUACUCGACAUGAGCCGUGGCACUUGCCACUCGGAGGAAGCAAUUUAGAAAAUCGCUUGAUGCCUGGAACCAGAGAGGUCGUUUUAUCUGUUGUGUUAGAAGCUCUGCGCUUGGCCAGCUAUCUUCUGAGUCCGGCUACUCCACGUCUUGCAGUUCGUCUACUCACUCGCUUAGGGUAUCUAACGACAAAAAAACAAAUAGCACAAUCGGUUAUUGUUGCUAAGACCGAUUUCAAUCGUCUACCGGCAGCAACUGAAGGAUCAGUUCAUUCGUCUCACACCUUUGCUUUUGAUAGAUUUCGCAAUCUCGGUCCAUCUUUGGAAGGCCCUUUUCUUUUAAGAUUCUAG